AUGGAGGAUCAUGAUCUUUUGUCAGAGCUGUUUGAUCCACUUUUUACAUUUUACUUUUCUAAAGACUCAGCCAGCCGCCUCUCCAACCUCCUUGGCGUCCCUCACAUCGCCACCGGCGAUCUCGUUAGGGAAGAGCUCGCUUCCUCGGGCCCCUUCUCUUCGGAGCUAUCGGAAAUUGUAAAUCGAGGUCAAUUGGUGUCAGAUGAACUUAUCAUAAGUUUGUUGUCAAAAAAACUUGCUGCUGGAGAAGCUAAUGGCGAGACGGGAUUUAUUCUAGAUGGCUUUCCUCGAACAAUAAAGCAAGCAGAAAUAUUGGAAGGGGUGACUGACCUUGACUUGGUAAUCAAUCUGAAGCUCCGAGAAGAUAUACUUCUUGAGAAAUGCCUUGGUAGGAGAAUUUGCAAUCAGUGUGGGGGGAAUUUCAAUAUUGCUUCCAUCAACAUCAAGGCUGAGGAUGGGAGCCCUGGAAUCAUCAUGGCCCCUCUUCUUCCUCCUGCAAAUUGUUUGUCGAAGCUCAUUACCAGAUCAGAUGACACUGAAGCAGUGGUGAGAGAAAGGCUUCGAAUAUACAAUGAAAUGACUCGGCCUGUCGAGGAAUUCUACCGUAGUAGAGGAAAAUUAUUGGUGUUUGACCUGCCUGGAGGAAUUCCGGAGUCUUGGCCAAAGUUGCUGCAUGCUCUUAAUCUUGAUGAUUAUGAGGACAAACAAUCGGCAGCAGCGUAAAUAUAUCAUAAUGUACCAUAGUAUUGAGUAUUUCAUUCUUUGCAUGCAUAUAUUGUAUGCCUGUCAAUUUUGAAGGAAAGAGAACCGAAGGGGACUUCUCUAGUAGUAUUAGUGGUACCGAUAAUGAUAUUGGUAAGUGUUGUAAUCUGAACAAAUUAACAGUGUUGGGUUUUCAUUUAUUUUCUUUUUUGUUCCCCGAUAAAUUUGUUUAUAUGGUUGUGCUGUUGGGUGCUUUAAAUAUUACUGGCAAGAAUUUGUUAGAGUUGCCACAUAGGAUAGUUAGUUAGCAAUAACGUUCACAUUGUUACACCAUUACUGGGUUGUGGUAACAUAAAUGUGAAUGAACACAUGAAGCAAAUUUUCUGAAUUAUUCUUCA